CCAUGGUGUGCUGAUGUCCAUAACGGUGGUGUUCUUCGUGCUAUGGGUACGGGCGCCGUCGAUUGAUGACGUUAUUCUGUAUUCUCCAGCAAAUGAGGCGUUCGAAUCUAUCGGCAUUAUAAGAUUAAAUGGAACUCUGGGCGCCUCUUCUAUAUAUCGUGGCAGCCCGUCUCCAGAAGUUGACGCCGCUUGGGAUAGGAUAUCUCUUAAUGCGCGUCCAGUUGGUAUGACGCUUGAGCAACUGCUAAGAACAGGGGAGAAACCUUCUCCCGCCAUGACUAGGUAUCCGGACGAAUACGGUGGAGGUUACAUGUCAACUGUAGAAGUCAUUCACCAACUCCAUUGCAUAGACAUGCUUCGCAGAGCCAGCUGGGGUAACCAUGAUAAUUCCUUGGGUCAUAACGAAUCCCCUGAAAACUAUCGUAUUCAUCUCGACCACUGCAUCGAAAUGCUCAGGCAGAACAUUAUGUGUCGUGGCGACGUGACAAUGCUCACUUACGACUGGGUAGAGGGAGUCAAAGAUCCUUUUCCUAACUUCAACAUUCCUCACCGAUGCAGAAACUUUGAGAAGAUCUUGGAUUGGGUUGAUGAGCAUCGUGUUUUUGUCCCUAAAUCCGAGAUGGUCCGCUUGGAGGAUAACGUAGACCUGUCUUCCCCUCCUUGAUUGCAGUCUCGAAAUAUUCUCUUCAAAUGAUGGCUAUCGCGUAGAUGAAAUCCUAUCUCUGCUCAAUAAAUUAAUAAU